GAGUGCUGCCACGACUUCCGGUAAAUAUUGCGCUCCUGGGGAGGCGGGAAAUGAAAACGCUGUUGCAAGUUGUCCAUCGCUUGAAGGCAGCAGCAAUCUGUUAGUGAUGUCCAAAGUUGAAAAGACAGACGUGGAAAGGACACGUCCUCCGCCUGUUAAAGUGCUGUCGGGACAGCUGAGGGCGGCAGGGAACUGGGGCACCGCUGAUAGCGGGGCCAGCUGUGUAAUUAGACUGGCCAGAGGACGCUCUUUGCCUGUCUCGCUGGUGUGGAUGCAGGGGACUGUGCUGGAAGUCCAGCAGGACAGAGACACCGUGCUGCUGAUGGAUGAGACGGGGACUUUCGUUGUUCAGGGUGUUAACAACAUCCCCAAAGGGAAACCGUGCUUGUCCCAAGGGAAAUAUGUCAUGGUGAUGGGCAUCAUUCAGGCGGUCUCACCAGAGCCAGUCAUCCGUGCAGUGAAGAUGGCAGACCUCUCAGAGCUAGCUGCACUUCACAGACGGAUGUGGAAGCUUGAGGUGGAUGACUUGCAGCAGGUGCUGGCCUGAAGUGCUCCUCCUCCUGUAGCUUGUUACAUACUACUGAAGUGUCAAAUGUUACCUCAGCAGACUUAAAAGAUGACUUCCCUGUCUGCUGGACUUGUUUGAUGGAGGUCAAGUGCUUAAGUGAUUAAGAAAACUGGUGUGUGUGGCUCCUAAUCCAAAGUUGUCACUGGAGCU